AUGGCCUCUGCGAGCAACGAGAACUUUAAGCUGGAGAAUCUCUUCGGCGUGAAGGGCAAAGUUGCCCUAAUCACCGGCGGCGGCUCCGGCAUCGGCCUAAUGGCGACCCAAGCACUGGCAACCAACGGGGCAAAAGUAUACAUCACCGGCCGAACACAAGAGAAACUCGACCGGGUAGCAAGUCUCUACAACAAGAACAUAAGCGGGGAGAUCAUCCCGAUCGUGUCAGACAUAACCUCCAAAGAAUCCAUCAGCAAACUCGUAAAGGAGAUUGAAUCGCGCGAAUCCCACCUCUCCAUCCUGAUCAACAACGCCGGAAUCAGCAGCAGCACUGAUAACACGGAACCCAGCGACGCCACGGAACUGAAGCAAUCGCUGUUCGAUGAUGCGACACCCAUGAGUGAAUGGGAAGAUACCUACCGGACGAAUGUCAUGCAGUUGUAUUUCACCACGACGGCGUUCUUGCCGUUGUUGCAGAAGGGGUCCGAGAGGGAGAAGGGGUGGAGUAGUACUGUGGUGAAUAUUACCAGUAUCUCGGGGAUUGUGAAGGUGUCGCAGCAUCAUUUCGCGUAUAAUGCUAGUAAGGCGGCGGCGAUUCAUUUGACGAAGAUGCUGGCGCAUGAGGUGGCAGAUAGUGGGUUGAGGAUUAGGGUUAAUAAUAUUGCUCCCGGGGUGUUUCCGAGUGAGAUGACGGCCGGGGAGAGUGAUGAGAUGCAGAAGAGUCAGUUGGCCAAGGAGAAGUAUGAGGGUAAGGUGCCGGCGGCGAGACCGGGCAAGGAUGAGGAUAUGGCUAGUGCGGUGCUGUUUGUUAGUACGAAUCAGUAUUUGAAUGGGCAGACGGUGGUGGUGGAUGGGGGGUAUGUGUUGGCUGCUGGGACGGUUUAG